ACCGCUUGUUUUCAUCUGCCCGUGUAGCACAUUUGUUAUAUACAUGUAUUAUGAAUCAGUGGGUUCACAUUGAAAUGCCUGGAGAGCAGCUAACGUGCGUCUUGCAGAUUGCGCACACAAAAUGCGGAGGAUCUUCGUUACAAAAGUCAGCCAUAUCGGAGGUUUUCGCUCUGGUGAAUGCCUACAAAUGUUUCUGUUACACUAAAAAAGAAUUCUCCUCAGAGUUAAGUGAUAUUGUUGCAUUUUCGCAAUUGAAAGACUUUAUAAUUUCUAAACGCGACAAGAAGAGUACGAGAAAAGAAAUACAAGAUAGACUGGAGAUAGCUUGCUGGCGUGAGUGUAAAAGAAGCUAUUCGAGACGAGUGUUCACCGAAUCUGAUGUGUUCAAACUAUGGCAAAUUUUCAACAGACUCACCAAUGAAGAGUCCUACCCUCCUGUGAUAUCACAGCGAGAUGCAGAUUGGGCCCUGGAGAAAUUUGUCGCAUAUGCGACUAGAAAGAAAGAAGCCCCUUGUGAAGGGGAUUUGACGUUUCAGAGUUUUCUCAGUUAUUUGGAAAGCAUAUUCGAUCCUAAAUCAAUCGUUCAACCAUUAAAGGAAAUCUAUGAAUGGCUGGUGAAGGAAGUCAUCAAAAGCGGGUGGGUUUAUAUGAGAAGCAAACGGAGAUUCAAUUGGUCAUCAUGGUCAAGAAAAUGGGUCACCUUGACCCCUGGCAAAAUAUAUUUUUCUCGAAAAAAUGCCUCUGAAGAUUCAGUCAUGAACACAAAAGGCGUGUUUUACAUCUCCGAACAAACAAGUAUUCAGGUAGCUAAAGCAGAAAAUAAAAAAAUGAAACCUCUUAUACACGUAUCAAAUAGCUACUCGUUUGAAUGCCACAUUACGACCGAAGAGGAAAAUGAAAUAAAUUCGUGGAUAUCUGCUCUUAAUGACUCUCUCAAACAUUGCAAAAGUGGCACAAGUCCUCUUUACACAAUCCUAAAAGCCCAGAGUCCUAAACACUCGACUUCAUCAAAUGUCAACCGCUCAAGAGAACGUGAAAAGUCUUUCAUCCUCUCUGCAGUCAAACGUAAGGAACGUAAGGAUAUGAAGGAACGAGAGAAAAACGAGUCGCAGACAAAAGUCAAUAGAGGGUGCUUUCUCCGAAUGAACUCGGUGAAUACCGAAAGAGAAAAAAUUAAAGCGGUUUUCCUAGGGCUGGAUAAAAAUGGAAAGGGAUAUUUAAAUGAAACGGAAUUUUCUUCAGCACUCAGAGAAUUAGGGUUGAAUCUAAGUAAUUCAGAAAGUAGAGACAUCUUUAGAAACAUAGACACAAAUGGUGAUGGAAAAGUCAUGUUUGAUGAAUUUUAUGACUAUUUUCUGGAAAAAAUUCUGAGUCAGGAAAAUUCUCUUCUAAUGAAGGCCUUCAUAAAAGCCGAUAAAAAUGGCAGUGGAGCAAUCAAUUUCAAAGAAUUUUCAGAGUUUUUGCGAGACCGUCAUAUUGCGUUGAGUCUCGACCAAGUUUUAUCAACUUUUGACAAAGCAUGUAAAGACGAACUCUCGUUCGAAGAUUUCCAGUGUAUGUCAUUUGUCGAUGAAAUUGGCAUAUUUCAAGAUCCGAAUGAAAAGUUUGAAGCUCAAAUGAAGUUGCAAUUUGAUUCAUGCGAUUCUAACGUUCUUAAAAAUAGAAUAGAAAAACGAUGGCAAAAAUUUGCGUCCUUCAGAAGACAGGGAGAAAAUGGAAAUGAUGUGAUGAAAGGCGCCAGUGGAAUCGUGGAAGACAUUGUGCCUGGGGAAUACAAAAUGGAAGAUCUCGCCAAAUUCAGGGACUUGCCCAAAUUAUUACCAAAGGUGACUAUUGUGAAGGGAGUGUCGUGGGAAUCAAGCGAUAUUCCGGACACAUCCGGAAAUCUGGUUUUUCCGCAUGACUUUAGUGGUCAGAUAGAAGCUGAAAUUGCCACUGGUGAACUUUUGGAAUACUAUGGGUGUACAUUUGCUGAGGGAAAAUCCGAAAAGGUUUCCCUUCCAUAUCGCCAUGCUGUGCAAGACUUUACUUACAAAAAUGAUUACCUAGCUGAUUAUGUCGAGAAAAAGAAUGGAGGAGCCGGAUUGGAAAGACACGGGUUCUCGCAUAUUGACUGUCCGCUGGACGAGGACUCCGGGUUCUUCAUAUUGGGGAAAAUGGACAGAGACGAACUUCACUUGACAGCCUUUAAAAUACCCAGACGACAGACCCUGUACAUUCCAGGGAACUGCAUUCACUCUAAUGAUUACUUAAAGGGAACCUGGAGAACGAUGUUGUCGGACGAGACCAACAUAGACCACGUGCAUCUGAAAAAGAAACCCAUUGAUGAUGAAGAGUCAUGCUUAGAGCCAUUUACAUUCAUGUUUUCGUUAUAAGGGAUCUCUCAUUCAGUAUGUAGCAGUACUCACAUGAAAUAGAUAAAUUGUCAAUGAUUUUACAUGCAUGUACAAUAAGAUACUUUAGUACCUUAUACAAUAACCAUUGUUGUUGAGAGAAGAGACUUAUUUAUUAUAAUGUAUUACGACCAUAAUGCGUAAAGCUUAGUUUUUUUAGUGAUGUUUUAUGGCACUUUAAAUCCUAGUCUUUAUUUGCUUUUCGGUGUAUUAUCUUUUUCCUUAUCGGAGUCCUGAGUGUCGAGUCAUGGCAUAUCAGUGUGUAAUUAUAAAUCGGUGCUUCUCAGAAUAAAACAAAAUCUAAAAAUGUUGAAA